UUUGCUCCAAUGCAAAUACGAAACACAAACACGAAAAAACAAAAAAAAAAUGAUUAGGGAAUGCUAAUUGCUAUAUGUAUCCUUUUCAUUUGUCUAUCUUCUAAGUUCUAACUAACAUUUUAAUGCUCAACAAUUUUCUCUCUCUUUCCUGUACAGAAAUGGCCACUUUAUAGUUCAAUUUCUUUGAAGUUUCGACCUUACUGCUUGCCAAGAACAGAGAUAAAGGAAACAAUUUCCAAUUUCCAAUGUUGAACAUGACUGAGAUACUUGGCUGCCGUAAAACUUAAUUGUUGAACUGAAGAUUGUUCGAACCUUUCCAAGUCUACCAAAAGAUUUAUAGAUUUACCUCCCCAAAGUCAUCUGUGCUCUUGCUGUACAAUCCUUGAGGCUCAGCUUCUCAUACAGUGUCAAGUCAAGUUCUGGCUGGCAUAUGAUUAAACUCUGAUUUCAUAAAUAGAUGUUCUCUAGCUUCGAAAGAUAAAUCUUUAGAAGUGAAUGUUGGAGACUGAACAUUAUAAUUAUCACAGCCGUUCAACACGUUUGGUUAGUGAAGUCUACUGAAGAGCUUCCAUGAAUCUGGAAGAUUGAUGACUCAAUUAUGGUAUUGGAUUUUUCACAAGUGAAUGAAGUCCUGCACAGGUGAGCGGAAUGGACCUAAAUAUACCUACUCUUCAAGCACUCGACUGUCUCGAGAAAGAAGUUGGACAUAAAAGAAUUCAGACCAAAUUGCCUGACUUAAACUUGGAGCUUCCAUCUUUGACGGAUAAGUUGGAACCAACUUCUUCCACAACUCAAAGUUUGGAUUUGAGAUUGUUCCUUGGUCAUAACGAGCACCCAAGUCCAUUGAAAGCUAAUUUUUGCCUUGCAACGCUGCUCAAAGACAAGCCUGGUAGCAGAUGGGUCAAGCGCCUGAAAUUGAGUGCUUCUAGGUCCUUUUCAGUUGGAACAAAGAGCUCUUAUCUUUCUGGGAAGUCAUCUAAUGUGAAAGCAAACAAGUCCCAUUGCAAAAUUUCUAGAGUUACUAUAACAGGCUCAGUACUCACAGCUGGUAAACGUCACUGUAAAGAAUUGAUGGCUCGUGAUAGAACUCUAGCCUUAGCAAGGAACUCGGACUCUUCUCCUUUGUACGUUAUGAAGAAACAACACGAGUUGUUGACUUCACUGUCUUGGGUUCAAAGGUGGCUUCAUAAUAGAUCUGCCACUGCACAAAAGAGGCCUAAGUCAGUGGUGGUUUGUGAACCUUAUGACUCAAAGUUGUCACUUGGUGAUUUCCAAAAGAAGCAGGCGCCAAGCAUUGCUGCCAUGGCGCUCAUGGGAAAGGCAAUAACCGGUUGUCAAUCAUGUGAAUUCCAAAUAAUAAGCCCCUGUCUAGUUUGGAACACCGUAGUUUCUGAAAUACGUAGCAGCAACAGUUACUUUUCUUCAGGUUAGUCCUCCAGACAUUGUUGAUUACCUUGUUGAUCAGUGAAUGCAUGAUGAGGAGAAGAGUGAUCUGGCUUAAUAAGUGAUCAUGCAAUCAAUUGCAUUUUGGAGCGUAGUGUCGAUUUUGAUGGUGCUAGUAAGUACAUAGCUUCGUUUUAGAUUUGGCUUCUUGUGUUUGCAUAGAUGGGAUUAUCUUUGUAUAUAACCAGUAUGAUGAGAAUGCCAGACACCUUGUUUCUUGAACAGGCAAAUCAUCUGGCUGCUUUCACUAGUGCGUGCAAGGGAUCUAGAUGCUGCUGCAGUACGUUCUAAAGCAGUUUGGUAUUUGCUAUUUGGCUAGUAGGCAAUGAGAUCACUGUAAAAUGUGCGUCGUAGUGGCUGAGAUUCAGUUCAUUGGACAGUUGAACCAUGCGAUCUUUACUUUGUUGUUGAAGACACUGUG